AUGAGUGUCAAGCUGCCCCUGCGGUCAGCGCUGGGGUGCCUGGCGACCCCUGCGCGCGCGGGGAAAUUGGUCCUGCCAUCCGUCUCGCAAAUUCGUUCAUUUUCGCUUCAUGUAUCGACGAAGAACUCCUCAAAGACGCGUUCGCUCCCUCUGCCAUCCGUAUACAAACGAAGCACUUCCAACGCCGCUCCGACUUCGGAGCCUACCUCAACACCUGUCUCGGCAACGCCGUAUUCCGAGCUGACCGUCGGCGUCCCAAAGGAAACAUACCAGAAUGAGCUACGAGUGGCCAUUACUCCUCAGAAUGUGGCUCUCUUGCUGAAGAAAGGGUUUUCGCGUGUGUUAGUUGAGCGCGGUGCUGGUGAGGGGGCGCAGCUACUGGACCAUGCCUAUGAACAGGCAGGUGCGACAAUUGUCGAUCGGGACGCCAUCUGGCAGAGUGACAUCGUGUUGAAGGUUCGAAGCCCACAAAUCGAAGGUCCUCUCAAUGAGGUGGAAGCUCUACGUAAAGGGUCAACCCUUAUUUCGUUCUUGUAUCCCGCCCAGAAUAAGCCCAUUGUCGACGCUCUGGCUGCCCGUGGUGUCACCGCGUUCGCUAUGGACCGAAUUCCUCGUAUUUCUCGUGCCCAGGUCUUUGAUGCUCUAAGCUCCAUGGCCAAUAUUGCCGGUUACAAAGCUGUGCUAGAGGCAUCGAACCAUUUCGGUCGCUUUUUGACCGGCCAGGUUACUGCUGCUGGAAAGAUUCCUCCAAGUAAGGUUCUCGUGAUUGGCGCUGGAGUGGCAGGUUUGAGCGCAAUUGCCUCGGCUCGUCGCAUGGGUGCUAUCGUCCGUGGCUUCGACACUCGCCCAGCUGUCCGUGAACAAGUUCAGUCCUUAGGUGCAGAAUUCGUCGAAGUUGACAUGCAGGAAGAUGGUGCUGGCCAAGGUGGCUAUGCCAAGGAAAUGUCCAAAGAAUUCAUCGAAGCCGAGAUGAAACUCUUCAUGGAACAGGCCCGCGAGGUCGAUAUUAUCAUCACAACUGCUCUCAUUCCCGGCAAGCCUGCGCCGAAGCUAAUCACCAAGGAAAUGGUAGCUGCCAUGAAGCCCGGCUCGGUCAUUGUUGAUCUUGCAGCCGAGGCUGGUGGCAACUGUGAAGCAACUGUUCCCGGUCAACUCUCCAAUUACAAGGAUGUCACCAUCAUCGGCUACACGGAUCUUCCUUCUCGUCUGCCUACUCAGUCUUCCACUUUGUAUUCCAACAAUAUUACGAAGCUUCUGUUGUCUAUGGCUCCCAAGGAGAAGACGUACGGCAUUGAUUUCAAUGAUGAAGUGGUUCGCGGAUCUAUCGUUACGCGCGACGGUGAAGUCAUUCCUCCGGCUGCACCACCUGCUCCACCUCCGGCGCCGAAGGCAGGUGCGAAGACUGUUGCAGCGAAGGAGGAAGUUGCAAUCACACCCUGGCAGAACGCUACUCGGGAGGUUACCACCGUCACGGGAGCGAUGGCUGCGACACUCGCUCUGGGUAAAGCUACUGGCCCUAUGUUUAUGGGCAAUAUGAUGACAUUCGGCCUUGCUGGUCUGGUCGGCUAUCGUGCGGUCUGGGGAGUAGCGCCUGCACUUCAUUCACCUCUCAUGAGCGUUACCAAUGCUAUUUCCGGUAUGGUUGGAAUCGGAGGCCUGUUUAUCAUGGGUGGGGGAUACUAUCCGACAUCACUUCCUGAGUAUCUUGGUGCUGCCUCGGUUCUUCUGGCCUUUGGCAAUAUUUCUGGUGGAUUUGCCGUGACAAAGCGCAUGCUUGACAUGUUCAAACGCCCCACUGAUCCUCCGGAAUAUCCCUGGCUAUAUGCUAUUCCCGCUGCUGUGUUCGGCGGUGGCUUCUUGGUUGCUGCAAGCACUGGAGUGGCUGGUAUUGUUCAAGCUGGCUACCUCGUCAGUACCAUAUUAUGCAUGAGUUCUAUCUCCAGUUUGGCCUCUCAAACGACCGCACGCCGUGGAAACAUCUUCGGAAUCCUAGGUGUCGUCUCUGGUAUUCUUGCAUCACUGGCUGCAGUGGGUUUCUCAACAGAGACGUUGACCCAGUUCGCUGCAGUUGCUGGUGCUGGCGUCAUGGCUGGUGGUUUGAUCGGCCGCCGUAUCACACCUACUAGCUUGCCUCAGACAGUUGCUGCCCUGCACUCCGUUGUUGGCCUGGCUGCUGUUCUUACCAGUAUCGGUAGUGUGAUGGCCGACAUCACUGAUAUAUCGACUUUGCAUAUGGUCACAGCGUACCUGGGUGUCCUUAUUGGAGGUGUGACAUUCACUGGCUCGAUCGUUGCAUUUAUGAAACUAGCUGGUCGCAUGUCAUCCAAGCCUAAGAUAUUCCCUGGCGGGCAUAUUCUUAACUCCACAUUGCUUGGCACCAAUGUAGCAACUAUGGGAGCUUUCCUGACUAUGGCACCCGCUAGCCCGGCAAUUGCAGCCACCUGUCUCGGCGCAAAUACUCUUCUCAGUUUCAUGAAAGGUUACACCACGACUUCGGCCAUCGGAGGAGGCGACAUGCCUGUUGCGAUCACCGUGCUCAAUGCCUAUUCAGGUUUUGCUCUAGUCGCCGAAGGGUUGAUGCUGAACAACCCACUUUUGACUAGUGUCGGUUCACUUAUCGGAGUGAGCGGUUCGAUCCUGUCUUACAUCAUGUGUACUGCCAUGAACCGAUCGCUGCCCAAUGUUCUGUUUGGUGGUAGUGCCGCUCCAGUACAGAGCGAAAGGAAGAUUGAAGGAGAAGUCACACAGACAAGUGUCGACGAUACUGUAGAGGCUCUUUCAGGUGCCGAGAAUGUCAUCAUCAUCGUCGGCUACGGAAUGGCCGUCGCAAAGGCCCAGUAUCCUCUUGCCGAAAUCGUUAGUAUCCUCCGUUCUCGCGGCGUCAAAGUCCGUUUUGCUAUCCAUCCCGUGGCGGGUCGCAUGCCCGGGCAAUGCAACGUGCUACUCGCGGAAGCCUCCGUGCCGUAUGAUAUUGUUCUGGAAAUGGACGAGAUCAACGACGAUUUCUCCGACACAGACGUUACGCUAGUCAUCGGCGCCAACGACACCGUUAACCCUAUAGCGCUCGAGCCCGACUCUUCCAUUUCUGGGAUGCCCGUCUUGCACGCUUGGAAGAGCAAGGAAGUGAUUGUCAUGAAGCGGGGCAUGUCAAGUGGUUACGCUGACGUCCCGAACCCAAUGUUCUUUAUGCCUGGAACAAGAAUGCUCUUUGGAGAUGCGAAGACUUCUUGUGACGCUAUCAAAUCGGCUCUAGAGGCACGGAAGUAG